AUGGCCCGCCGCACACGCAACAGCCAAGCAACCACCGCCAGCGAGGCUGUCCCUCAGGACAGCUCAUCGGCGCCGGCCAAGUCGACACGCAGCAAGAACACGACUAAUGCUGUCGCCGCUGCGGCCAAGUCCCCCGCCGUAGCCUCGCACAAGCGCGCUCUCUCUGGUCCCAACGAGGAUGUCCAGCCAGCCAAGAAGAAGCAGGCCCCUCCCCCUGAGGACAGCGACGACGAGGAUGAGUUCGUCCCCGGCCCGCCCCCGAUCCAGCGUCCCAAGCGCAUCACCGCCGACAGCACCGACGAGGAACAGGACGAGCCCAUGCCCGACGCCAAGGAUGAAGAGGAUGAAGAAGUCCCCGUCGAAGAAGACGAGUUCGACGAGGUCCCGAAGCCGGGUCGCUCCAAGAACGCCGCUAAGCUCCAGAAGCUCCUGGACGACGCCCUCGCAAGGAAAGUCGGCACGUCUCCGGUGCUCAGGCCUGGCGGCAAGGAAGCUCUUAAGCGCGUUCCUCCCAAGCGCGUUGCCGGGCCGGUGACCAAACUCGACGCCAAGAUUGCCCUGUCCAAGCAGUUUGAGUCCUCCGAGGAAGACGAUGUGGAUGAGGAUGAGGCCGAGAGCGUCACGCAGGCGCCUGCUCCCGCUGUGCAAGAUCAGUCAGCGUCAGCGGCGUUGGCGUCCAAGGGCAAGGCGCGCGAGGUCGUCCAGCCCGAGUCGUCCGAUGACGAUAUCGUGCAGGACAGCGAGGAAGACGAGGAGGAGGAUAUUCCCCCGCCUGUAAAGAAGCCUAAGCGCGUGCUUCCUGCGUCGUGGACCGCCAACGCGAACAAGUCGUCGUCGAGCUCGAUGGCGAGCUCCAAGGCCUCCACCCCGCUCAAGGCCGCCGCCAAGGGCACCGGUCAACAGAUCUCUGUCAAGAAGACCCCGGUAUCCGCCAAGAAGGCUGUCGAGUCUAAGAUCAAGACGUCGGCGAUCAAGGCGCCCAAGUUCAAGAAGCCCGUUUACAUCGAGAUCGCCGAUUCCGACGAGGUUGAUUCUACGCCUGACGGAUUAGAGGCCGAGUCGGAUGACGACGAACCCCAAGUCCUUGAUGAAGAGGACGUCGCCGCGCUCACGUCGCAGAAGCAGCAACAGUACCAGAUCCUCUGCAACCACGAGGAGGGUUAUCCUGCGGAUAGGCGCAUCGUCUACAGCCCGUCUACGCUCAAGGUCGACAAACUCAGCAAUCAGACGUCCUCGGUCAUCAAGGACAUGCUCAGCGACUCAUCCGGUGAUGCGCUCAUCCGCUCUACGGUCUUGGCCAAGGACACCGCCUUCCCCGGUCACAAGGCCGGUGUCGACACUUACCUGGAGAAGAUCGCCAAGCCCGCCGUAUUGUACACCAUCAAGCAGGGCGGGGACAGGAUGAAGCCCGCCGGUGAGCGCUUCCAUACUGAUGCCGGCUUCGAGCACGGCGUUCUCAACUACGUCGGACGGCGCCGUUGCGCCAGUCGCAACACGUGCGCCACUCUCGCGCGCAAGAUCGUACCUAGGAGGUACACUUUCAUCCAACAAUACGUCUUGUCCAACGAUGAGAAUGACAAGGAACGACUCCGCAAUGCCAUUCUGGCGCUUCUGAAGGAUAGCGCUUUCGUCUACCCUGGCGAGCUUGCCCGCGUGGCACCCAACAACCCGGACGACACGCGUAUGAAGUACACCGUCACAGCUGGGAACGAGCGCAACCCCUACCUGGCCGACAUCAUCAUCGAGUACUUGGCAAAGUUGUGCUUUGGCCGUGACAGCUCGGGCACCGAACUCGACGCAUCUGACUUCCCUGAUGCGUCGUUCAUCCUGGAGGGUGACGAGGGUGAGGAACGCAAAGAAGUUCCUCGUACGAUGGCCGCCUUUGCGGCCACCAUGGCGAGUACCCCACCCCUCAAGGAUUACGUCCUUGGGAUCGAGCAGAAGGUCAACCUGAAGAGCGACACGCUGCGCGAGAUCUUCGAUGUCCACGCGGCUUCGUUGACCGAAACAGCGCCCGACGCCAAGAACGCUCUCUCGCUCACGCUGCAGGAGUUGUAUGACUCCGCCGAGGCUUGGCGCCCGCCUACCGUACAAAAGAAGAAGGUCAAGAAGAACAAGAUCACCAACACCACCACCGGCACCACGCAGGUUGUGAGGGCGCGCCGCGCCGCUCGCGCGGCUGCGAAGGCCAACAACUAG